AUGGAUUUGGCCGUCUAUCAGGAUCUUUUGAAGACGAAGAACGAAGAAGUAAUGUGAGUUUUCAGGGCCGGUUUUCAUCAAACAACCGUGUUUCCAGCGUUACGGCAUACCACAAAUCGGACUGUAUUAACAAAAAGAGUCAGUUUGGCGCAGUGUCCUGAUUGUCGUGCAUAGUAUGACUGUUUUCAGUUCCGUCGUGUACACAAACGUUCAACUGGUACAACUUUUUGUGCACCGAGAACCUUUCGCCGCAGCAUCUGAGUCAAAGUAGGCUUUUCAGAUGAAAGUCCUCAAAACGCGUCGGUGCUUCAGAGGGAUGUGAAGGACUCGUUUUGAAUGGAACGCAAACGUUUUGCGAGAGCAUUUCUUUCGACAGUAUGUGAUCAAAAAUCAUGUUCGAAUCAAUACAAAUGGUUUUAGACGAGCUCUGCAAAACGUUUCCGGGAGCCCCGACCACCACGACUACGACCCUGGCCACCACGAGCGUCGCUUCCGAAGACUCGAAGCUCAUUGUUUUCCUGGCAAUCGCCGGAUUCGCUGUUUUCCUUCUUCUCGUCGGCCUCGUCGUCUGUUUGGUGUUCAAGCAGAAGAAGAAGAAGAAGAAGACGCCGACCGCCAAUUCUCAAAUCACGAACAGAACCUCUUCGAAGACCUCGUCAAAGACGGAGAAGAGUACUACUACCACUGGAAAAAGCACUACCACUUCGAAGGCUUAG